AUGCAACUAACCAAUUGGUCCCGGAUCACUCCAAGUCCGAGACUAAUGACGAUCACCACCAUCACCACCACCAACACCACCACCAACACCAACACCAUCACCACCAUCACCGUCACCACGAACACCAACACCCCAAUUACCAUCACCAUCACCCCAACCACCACCACCAAGACCAAAACCAACCCCACCACCACCAAGACCAAAACCACCAUGAGACGCGAGCCAGUUGCACCAGUUGCACCUGUUGAAGUUGACACUCCUAUCACGCCAUUGAGAAUCAAGAAGCACAAGCCAGUUACACCAGUUGCACCAGUUGAAGAUGACACUCCUAUCACGCCAUUGAGAAUCAAGAAGUACAAGCCAGUUACACCAGUUGCACCUGUUGAAGAUGACAGUCCGAUUGCACCAUUGAGAAUUAGGAGACGCGAGCCAGUUGCACCUGUUGCGCCUGUUGAAGAUGACACUCCUAUCACGCCAUUGAGAAUCAAGAAGCACAAGCCAGUUGCACCAGUUGAAGCGAUUGAAAAGGCCGGUCCGNGUCCAAUUGCACCAUUGAGAAUUAGGAGACGCGAGCCAGUUGCACCUGUUGCACCUGUUGAAGACGACAGUCCUAUCACGCCAUUGAGGAUUAGGAAGCGCGAGCCAGUUGCACCUGUUGUACCAGUUGUACCAGUUGUACCAGUUGAAGCGAUUGAAAAGGGCGGCCUGAUUGCCCCAUCGGAGUUAACUGAAAGUGAAGCAUUUGAGGCUAUUUCUGAAGCGCCAUUGAGUGUGGCGAGGAGUCCAGUGCAUAAGAUUGUUG